AUGGCGGACAGGAGAGUGGUGGCGGUGUUUGGGGCCACAGGUGCCCAGGGGGGCGCGGUGGCCAGGGCCUUGCUGGCGGAAGCCACCUUCCUGGUGCGGGGGGUCACCCGCAGGCCGCAGCAGAAGGCGGCCCUGGAGCUGAAGCGGCAAGGAGCAGAAGUGGUGAAGGCCGACCUGGAGGACCCCCGCAGCCUGGAGGCGGCCCUGCGGGGGGCACACGCAGCCUUCCUGGUGACGGAUUUCUGGGAGCAGCUCAGUGAAGAGCGGGAAGCGGCCCAGGGCAAGCGCGUGGCUGACGUGGCCCAGCGGCUGGGCUUGAGCUACGUGGUGUUCAGUGGGCUGGAGAACGUGAAGCGGCUGACCGGGGGCCUGCUGGCAGUGCCACACUUUGACGGCAAAGGCCGGGUGGAAGAGUACUUCCUGUCCUGUGGGGUGCCCACCACCUGCAUCCGGAUGCCCAGCUAUUUUGAGAACUUCCUGACGGUCUUCCGCCCUCAGCAGGCCCCCGAUGGAGACGGCUGGGAACUGGCUCUUCCCAUGGGAGAUGUCGCAAUGGAUGGCAUGUCUGUGGCUGACCUGGGGCCCAUUGUAGUCACGCUGAUGAAGGAGCCGGAGAAGUACAAAGGCCAGACCAUCGGCCUAAGCACAGGCAGGCUCACAGUGGCCGAGUAUGCGGCGCUUAUGUCCAAGCAUACCGGGAAGACCAUCACGGACGCCAAGCUGUCCCUCGAUGCCUACCAGGAGCUGGGCUUCCCUGGCGCUGCGGAGCUGGCCAACAUGUUCCGCUUCUACCACAUGAAGCCCGAGCGGGACAUCGCCUUGACUCUGAAGCUCAACCCCAAGGCCAGAACCUUUGAGGAGUGGAUCGCCGAGCAAAAGGCCGCGUUUGAGGACUUGUGAGAGGCGGAAGGCUUCUGCUCCCCUCUGAAAUGGGAAGGGCAAUUUGGGGCCAGUCUC